GCUUAAUUGUUUGGGAUUGAAACAGGUGUACGUUGUAUUAAUUAUUUGCGUUGUGCACGUGCCCGACUCGUGCUCGACUGAUCAUGAACCGACUCUAAGCGGAUUUCCGAUACCCCGUGGAAAAGGAUUACGACGAGGGUGGGAUUCGGGAUGCCUUUAACGUGCGAGAUUACUUAAAGCUUUCUCCAAUUUCCCCGAGUCUGACGGAAAGAAGGCAUCGUCUGCUAACGAAAGUAAACAACUCGCGAAGUCGGUGCGCCUACCUUCUGGAAUGCAGACGUAGCUUCGAGUUGCAUCAAAACAGGAUUCAUGUCGUCUGCUGAUCAGACGUAUCGAUCAGUUUAUUACAUGCAGUGAAAGCAGCAAGUGGCCUUUUUAUGUAGGAAUAUUGAUCAAAUAUUGAUGUGUUUUGGAGUCAGUGUUCAAUCCGAAUUAACAACUAUUCGAAUUAUCUAGCAAAUACACGCAAACGUGGUGCAGUGUGGUGAAAGUUACAUUUGAAACAAGAAUUUAUGAAAAGUCAAUCUUUAAGAUAAUAAAAAGAUAACAUGAUAACUCUUCAACUUAAUAAUAUCACAUGGGGUUAUAAUAGUGGAAAUUGUGUGUGAUAGCUUCUCUGCACCAGACGACAGUGAAGUACAAAGUCGUCCAGAAAAAAUCUAUCUCGCCUGGCUUCGGGCGCGCGGCUUUCAUUAGCGUUAUAUAAUUAACGACUGCGUCAACAGACGCAGCGUACCCCGUAGGAGGGCGAUGGACCUCGCCAUGUUCAACCAGAUCGCACAGAUCACCGACCACCUGUACCUGAGCAGCGCUGGCGCCAUUAAGUCCGAACGCAUCCGGUCGCUGGGAAUCACAAAUAUCGUCAACUGUACGAUGGAGAUACCGAACCUCAAACUGCCCAGUUUAGAGUGCAUCCAGAUCCACGUGGAGGACUCCCCUAGCGCCCGCUUGGGGGCGUACUUCGACCGGUGCGCCGAUAAAAUUCACAACGUCCACAAGUCCGGCGGAAAGACUCUUGUGCACUGCGUAGCCGGUGUAAGCCGCUCGGCCAGUCUAUGUAUGGCGUAUUUAAUGAAAUACCAACGAAUGCCGCUGGAUCAGGCGUACUUUCAUAUCAAGAAGCGGCGGCCGGUUAUACACCCAAAUGUAGGAUUCUGGCGCCAGAUGAUUGACUAUGAGCGGCGCUUAUUCGGACGUAACACCGUGAAAAUGAUCCCAUCCGGUAUUGGACCGAUACCGGAUGUAUACAAGGAGGAGACUAAGAACAUGGUGUGGAUCCCUAACCGCCCCCAGGCUCAGUCCCGCCCCUCGGGCCAGUCGCAAUAUAGCACCACCUAUAACCGAUCUUAUAACGCUAGCGCCUUACCCGCCUGGUAUUGAGACUGGGGUCGGGAAGUCGAUGUUGUACCUUUUUGCACUUUUGCAAAUAAGUCUCUUUAAGCGAUCGAGAAAAAAUAUCUUAGUUGAUGUAAGACUAUCAAUGAAUGAUUUUAAAUCAUUUAUUUAACAAAAACCAAACACACAAGUAACACUUCUUCGCGCACAUUGUAAACAUUAUGUCAAAACGUUGUUUUUUGUACUUUUUGCGAUAUUAUCAAGCGCUGUUUUAUUUAUUUCAAUUUGAACAAAUAGAAAUAUAUAUACAGUAUAUUCACGAACGUAUGUUUGUUAUACAAUAUCAACUUUUUAAUCGUAAAAACCUUUUUUACUAAGUUAUUUGCCAAUUUUAAGUUUCAAGCGUAAAGAGACUUUAAGCAUGCGAUACGCUUUUGUUAGUUGCUUGUUGACAGUACUUCUCCGUAUUUGCUUGACUUUUUCUGUGUGUUCCUCCGAUGCAUAGAUCCUGUUGUUCCUAAAUUAAUCCGAUAUUCUAUUAAUGCAUUUUUUAAAUUUCAGUGCAGUGACUUCAAAGAAACUUUUCGUUUGAUUGUGUUUGCAAUAUUUCGCUGGUGUAAAAUAUUCACAUUAAUUAUCUUUUAUAAAAGUACAUCUGCACUUAAAUUCUAGCAUGUUUCGUUCCAUCUGCUAACAUGGGGUUUAUUAGUUUUUGUAUUUGGAUAACGUAUGAAAACUUUUUUCAAUUUCAUCUCUAUUGUUGUUGUUCUAAUCUGUACAAAUCCAUGACACAUGUUUGGGUCAUGACAACUGUUCGUUGCUAUUGUCGAAAUAGUAAAUGAAUUUGUUUAUUUCUCGAAGUUUCUAAAUGGCGUACAAUUAAAUGACAAGUUAAAAUUAUUUUAUUGCCUACGAAUCAAAUUCACUGACAUAUGGUAAUUUCUGUUUCGAUCAAACAAUUGCAUAUGUAGCCCUACAGUCGUAUCGCUGUGGACAUGCUGAGAAAAGUGUGCUUCGACAAAUUGCUUCUAUCGAAAAUAUAAGAACAAAUAUA